AUGAGGCGAAAUACGUUCCAAAUUGAUUAUAAGAAUUGCAGCGUUCGUAUUUAUCGGAAAACGGAAGCAUUUUGUGAUGUGUCCUCACUAGGGAUCAACAAGAAUGAGUGUAAAGAUGGAGCCGGCAUUGGAGGGUCAAAAUCUUUACAUUCCAGGCACAAAGGUGUUCACUAUAGCACUCCUGCCUCUGAUGCAAUAACACGGAAACAGAAAACAGUUGCCAUAACAAAGGCUCUACAAUGUGACCCUGUAGAUGUGACAUCCCUGCGCCAACUUGCCAUUAGUAGAGGAGGAUUGAUUACUGAUGAACUGCGAUAUUUAGCAUGGCCUAAACUAGUCAAUGUGAAUAUUUACAACAUACCUCCUAAACCAAAAGCAAGUGUGUUAGAGGCCCACAGAGACUAUAACCAGGUAGUGCUGGAUGUCAAUAGAUCUUUAAAACGCUUCCCACCUGGGAUGAAAGAUGAUCAGCGUACAGUGCUACAGAAACAGCUAGUAGAUAUGAUAAUGCGUGUUCUGGUGCGCCACAAGGAACUCCAUUACUACCAAGGUUAUCAUGAUAUAUGUGUAUCCUUUCUGCUUGUCAUGAAUGAUGAUAUAGCAUUCUACAUCAUGGAUAAACUUUCAACAAAUCAUCUAAGAGACUUUAUGGACUCCUCCAUGGACAGGACGAAGUGCAUGCUAAACUAUCUUUACCCAAUCAUUGGGAAAGCCAACCCAGUAUUGAAGGAAUUCCUUGAUAGGUCUGAAACAGGCACUAUAUUCUGCCUUCCCUGGCUUAUUACUUGGUAUGGGCAUGUAUUGAAUGACUUCCGACAUACAGUGCGACUUUAUGACUUUUUCCUGGCUUGUCAUCCACUUAUGCCGAUAUAUCUUGCUGCAGCAAUUGUUCUGUAUAGACAAGAUGAGGUGUUACAGGCAGACUGUGACAUGCCUUCAGUUCAUUCCCUUCUCUCAAAGAUUCCACCAGACUUGCCAUUUGAAGAUCUGAUUAGUCGUGCUGGAGAUCUAUAUGUGCAAUAUCCACCUAAACAGUUGGCAAAUGAGGCCCGCUUGCAGUACAAACACAGUACAACGAUAAGUAGUUACAUGAACUUUGAAGAAACUACACAAUCUCAAAGACCUGAUACAAUAUUAAAACAACUCAGAUCGCUCAACAUAUCAGAGCCAAGUGUAGAUGGGACAGAAAGUGAAAGCAGUCGUUUAGUGAAGGUCUCUGUCUAUGUAUUGGCUACAGCUGUCAGUGCUGCAGCAUUUGCUGUCUUAAAUACAGCUGCAGAUUGGGGCUGGUUCUAAUACUCUUAUAACUAAACUAUUCUCCGAAUACAGGCCUCUAGAACUUGUACCUCAUUCUUCCAGUUUGGAACCCUGCGUUCAGAGGAUGUUACUAAAAUAUAGUCAAUGAAAUUGUAAUAAUGGCAUUUAUUGAGGACAUUCAGUCAGUACAGCUGUAGCUGCGCUGCUGUACUAAGUGCAGCUGAAGACAAGGGCACUUAGUUCUUAACUAAACAGAAAGAGGAAGCAAUUGAUGUACCGAAAGCCUCCAUGUGAGCUGCUUACUCGGUUAAGACUUUGGAAGGUUCUUGUUAUUUAUUCUAACUAUGAUGUCAUACAGAGCAUGACGUAAAUAUUUAUUUUUAAUAAUUAGAAGUGAGGAACUCUGUGAUAUAUAAUAUCUAGGAAUGUUGCUUUUAGAAAGCACUGCUUGGAACUCUGGAAAGUUGUAUCUAGGAUAUCACUUAAUGCCAGACAAACACAAUAUUAAUGAUUGUAUUAGAUAUCACAAACCUGCUUGGCCAUAAUCAUACCAAGCUCUUAUUUGAGGAAAAC